UCCGCUGAUCAGUGCGGCAGGAAAAGCGCAGAGGGUGGAGGGGGGAAGAAGAAAAAAAAAGGAGAGGAGAUGAAAACAGUUAGGAAAGGGGAGGAAAAAGAACAGGGACUCCAACAACUGGUUUGUUUUCUGAGCGUGUUGAAGCAGGGAUCAUGUAGGUUUUGCUCCUGAGUGAGACGCACAGAUUUUCCGUCAUGUCGUGAAACCCGAGGAUUAAAAAAAAAAAAAAAAUGUCCGGGGAUCUUUUUCAGGAAUCUUGCCACUAAACUGCGCGGGUGCUGUCACGAUUUAAGGCUGGAGGAGGUAAAACUGAACACGAGGAGCCACCAUAAUGCUCAUAUGAGCCCAACUUAAAGUUCCCCCCCCCUUUUUGUUUUUUGGUAUUUUUUAUAAUUAGCAGAAAGGGUUUUUUUUUUUUUUUUUUUUUUACUGCAUUGAAUUCCUCUGGACGGGAUGUCAUCCGCAUUCAGGAGGAGCUCCUCCGGCUGACCGAGCCUCCAGCCGCUGAGGGACACCGACGCACAGACGGACGAUGGGAGACGCCGCGCCAGAGGACAGAGGGAUGAGACGCACCUUCAUCGUCCCUGCCAUCAAGAGCUUCGACCACUACGACUUCACCAGGGCCAAGAUCUCCUGCAGCCUGACGUGGCUGGUGGCCAAGGCGUUCGGCUCGGAUGCCGUUCCAGAGGAGCUGGCCGAGCCCUUCUACAGGGACCAAUACAACCAGGAACACCUGAAGCCUCCGGUCGCCUGCCUGCUUCAGUCCGCAGAGCUGUACUGCCGUGCAGGAAGCCUGAUCCUCCGCAGCGAUGCUGUCAAACCUUUACUGGGACACAACGCCGUCAUUCAGGCCCUGGCCCAGAAGGGGCUGUACGUCACAGACCAGGACAGGCUGGUCACUGAGCGAGACCUGACCAGCACACCCAUACACAUGAGUUCCCAUCUGGCGCUCAUCGAUACCCUGAUGAUGGCCUACACCGUGGAGAUGGUGAGCGUGGAGAGGGUGAUGUCCUGCAUCAACAAGUACUCGUCCGCCGAACCUUUGCACAGCGACGGACUGAUCCAGGGUCUGCCGUACGACACCGAGGACGCGAUCACCACCUGGAUCAACAAGGUGAACGAACACCUCAGGGACGUCCUCAUCCAGGAGCAGAAGUUAAGAGAAGCUUCCCUUCAAGAGCCAAACGCCACAACGCAUAAGUCUUCUAGCAAAUGGUACUGGAGAUUAGUACCUGCCCGGUACAGGAGGGAGCAUGCCCAGAAGAGCGUCCCGUCACUCCCCCUGGUGGAGAAUCUGCUGAAGGAUAACACAGACGGCUGCGCCCUCGCUGCCCUGCUGCACUUCUACUGCCCGCAGGCCGUCCGGCUGGAAGACGUUUGCCUCAAGGAGACCAUGUCUCUGGCCGACAGUCUGUACAACCUCCAGCUGGUGCAGGAGUUCUGCAGGAACAACCUCAAUCACUGCUGCCACUUCAGCCUGGAGGACAUGCUCUACACGCAUGCGUCCAUAAAGAGUAACUAUCUGGUGUUCAUGGCUGAGCUUUUCUGGUGGUUCGAGGUUGUGAAGCCUUCUUUUGUUCAGCCCAGAGUCUUCGACCCUAACGCCUGUGAGCCUGUAUCAUUCGUCAGAGAUAUGGCCCCUGUGUCCAGUCCUGUCCAAAAGAGCUAUGCAGACAGACCUUCCAGUCCUGAAAACCUCACAGCUGAAGGCUUAAUGAAGAGAUCUACCUCCAUGUCCUACGUGGAUGGUUGUGUUGGGACGUGGCCCAAAGAAAAACACUCCUCCUCUCGAGGAAUCUCCUUUGAGAUCCCGCUGGAUGGAGAUCCAACAUUGCCGCCCUUUGAGGCUCCUCCUCCCUGUGGAAUGACCCGCUCAGCGAGUACUGAUGGUCUGGGGUUCAAAGUUCAUUAUGCCUCCCGAGGAGGCAUGAAACACCCCCUCUCCCCCCCGCCGGGCAACGUUAAUGGCCAGGGCAGACAGAUCCCAGAGGAGGACGACUUUGAUUCUCACAAACCCUUGGGACGGAACAACACUUUCUCUAUUAAGAACCAGCACAGGUACCCCAAUGGAGUCUUACCAGACAAGAGCAGCCCCAGUAAGUUUCAAGGGAACCACUCCGGCCACAUCAGUCCAUCAACUCCUCCAAGCAUCGAGGAGGCCCUCAAGAUCAUCCACGAUACAGAAAGGCCCCAUGCCAGCCUCGCUGUUGGAGAUGGAGACAAUGGCUUCUUUCUGCAUGGUGCCGAGCCUCCAUACCCCCCAGGAGCUCAAGCUCCAGGGGAUGACCCGAGUUCAGUGAAGGCUCGGGGGAAUGACCGAGACCCCAACUCUGCAUCCACGGAUGAAGUUGACACAGGCAUCCAUGUGCGGACGGAGGACAUCCAGAGUUUGGAUGAGGACUCCUCGUCUCUGAGAGACUAUUCGGAUAUAGAUCCAGACUGUGAGGCCACAACAAAGUCGUGCCCACUGCCUGGGAGGCAGGAGAGGUGCAAGGAAGUAGGGGACAAGGAAGGAGGGGAAGCCAGCCCUGAGGGUGAACGGGGACAUGGAGGCGACAGAGGCAGUCCCUGUCCCAGUUCUGCCCCAACGCUCCCCAGGUCUUAUACAGCAAGUCCCGCGUCUUCAUCGGGUGGUUCUGGUGGCGGUCUGGUGCGGAUGACCAGCUUUGCAGAGCAGAAGUUCAGGAAGUUAGAGGGAAGGAGCAGCGGAGGAACCACCACUCCAGACAGUUCUGAUCUCAAUGUACCCUACACCCAGUCAGCCAGGACGACUUCCUCCCAGUUCUCCGCACCCCCCCUGCCAAUCACGUCGCCGUCUCCAGCUACGCAGCCGCCCAGAGAUCCCUCCAACUUCAUAGCCUCCGAGAUGAUUCAGCUGCGAAUGAAGCUGGAGGAAAAACGCAGAGCCAUUGAAGCCCAAAAGAAGAAGGUAGAGGCAGCUUUCACCAGGCACCGCCAGAAAAUGGGUAGAACCGCCUUCCUGAAUGUAGUGAAAAGGAAAGGAGUGACUGCCCCGCUCUGUCCGAACUCAGGAGGGGCUGAAACAGCGUUGCCUGAGCCGAUCUGCUCCUCAAAGGAGGGCGGCGUGGAGCAGGCGGAGCGGUGCAAGCCAGACGGAGCAGCUCCUAAAUCUCCCUGUGAAGAUGGUGGGGGCAUGACCCCUGGAGAAGUCGACCUUGCAGAAUACACGCGGUCCAUUGAAAGGCUGAACACGUCGCUGGGCUUCCUGCAGACUGAGAUGCAGCGCCUGGCCCAGCAGCAGGAGAAGAUCAUGGCCAUGAGAGACCAGCAGCAACAGGCCUGGGUGAUCCCGCCUCCUGCGCCGUCUCCACACAGGCAGCUCCGCGAGCUGCGCAGCAGCAGCGUGACAGGCCGGGGAUCAGGCCGAGGUUCGCUGGGAUCCUUGUCCCCGAUCCUGUCCUCCUCCGGGUCCCCGCGGGCCCCCGACCGCUCGCCUGCGGGCAUCAAACGACGGCCGGCCUCGUUUCAUGCCAGAACGCCUCGGACCCCCCGUCCAAACGAUCUGAAGGUCACCCCCAUCAGCCGGAUGCUCAACUCUCCCACCUCGGUGGACAGCCUGCCCAGACUGAGGCGCUUCAACUCCAGCCAAACCCAGCAAAGCUCCUUCGCCUACCUGGGCCACGACGACGGGGCCAGGGAAAGACAACACCAAGACUCCAAGGGCGAGAAAGAAGACUCUAAGAAAACAGAGGAGACGGGAGCAAAGAGGAGCGAUGACGACGAAGCCAAAGAUAAGAUGAAUGAACGACUGAAGGAGGGAAGAGACGUGAAGGCAGAAACGAAGACAUCAGGGGUUUUGUGCCAGCCAGUUUCAGAGGUCAGCCAGAGCCAAGAUGACCCCCAGGAGAGGAAGGACCUGGUGGAGGUGCCUCUGUCUCGGAUAAUGCCUCCUGGUGGCCAGGGUCAGGAGAGCACAGAGGAGGCAGAAAAAGGAGGAGAAACGUAUGGAGAUGAUCAAAAGAUGUGCUGUGGAUUCUUCUUUAAGGAUGAUGUGAAAGGAGAAGAGGACAUGGCAGCAAAGAAGGCAGCUCUGCUGGAGAAGAGGCUUCGGAGGGAGAAGGAGGCUCAGGAGAAGAAGCAACAACAGGAGCUGGACCAGGAGCAGAAGAAGGAAGCUGCACGGCUGAAAGCAGAGGAGGAGCAACAGAAGAAGGACGAAGAGAAGGCGAGGAGGGACUACAUCAAGAAUGAAUACAUGAGGAGGAAGCAGCUCAAGUUGAUGGAGGACAUGGACGACGUCAUCAAGCCUCGUUGUGGGAGUCUCAAGAAAAAGCAGCGGCCCAAGUCCAUCCACAGGGACGUCAUGGAGUCGUCUAUCCCUGUGAGAACGACAGGUGUGCGUCCGCGGGGCUUUUCUGUCUCAAGUGCCUCCUUGGCGUCUCUCAAUCUGGCCGACAACGACAGAGACCAGCCGAAUAACAAGAAGACGAACAGAGGCAACAAACUAGCUUCUGCCCAUAUCCCGUUUUUUUUAAGCUUUCCAAAAGACAGAAAGGGAAGGCCGGACUCCGCGGAGGGUUUUUCCUCGUGUCCUUCGGCCGGCAGCCGUAACGGAGAGAAGGACUGGGAGAAUGACUCGACCACCUCCUCCACUCCCUCCAACACAGAGUACACAGGACCCAAGCUGUACAAGGAGCCUAGUGCGAAAUCCAACAAGCACAUCAUCCAGAACGCCCUGGCUCACUGCUGCCUGGCUGGCAAAGUCAACGAAGGGCAGAAAAACAAGAUACUUGACGAAAUGGAGAAAUCCGAAGCCAAUAACUUCCUGGUGUUGUUCCGUGAUUCUGGAUGCCAGUUCAGGUCCGUCUACACGUAUUGCCCCGAAACCGAGGAGAUCGCCAAACUGGCCGGCAUCGGCCCAAAAACCAUCACCACCAAGAUGAUCGAGGCUCUGUAUAAGUACAACUCGGACAGGAAGCAGUUCAGCAAGAUCCCAGCUAAAACCAUGUCGGCCAGCGUGGACGCCAUCACCAUCGCCAGCCACCUGUGGCAAACUAAGAAGCAGGGGACGCCCAAAAAACACCCAAAAUAGUGCCAGACGAUAGGGCAGCAUCUGCACAUGCUCUGUCGCAACAAGCAGGAUUUGUGAAUUAUGUUGUUGUUGUUUUUUUUCGUUUUAUUAGUGGCUGACACCAAUUACCAUUCCUCAAAGUCACAACUGGAACGUUAAAAUACAUUAUUACACAUAAAGGUAAUACAGAACUGCUUAUGACACUACUUCAGUGAGGCACAAGUGUGUUCCUGUCAGCAUGUGCGUGUCAAUGUUCUCAUGUGCCAAAAAAAAAAAAAAACAACAGAAAAGAUGAUACCAGGUGAGCCGAUGCCUUACCGAGCUGAACUACAGAAGCACUGAAUGUCACGCCUCUCAGAGGCACCUUUUGGGUUCUCUUCGUUUAUCAUGUGUAGCCUUAUGCUUGUUCUGUGUCACAUGGAUGCACAGUGGGUGUUGGUGCCAUCUUGUCUUCUUCUGUCAAAAAUGUCUAUUUGUUGUCUGUACACACAGAUCUGAGAUCAGAUUACGCCUGCUUCGUGGUCUACCUAGAGGUGGCCCGUCUUUCUUCAGAAGCAGCCUAUUUGAAUCGACACCUGCUGCUAAACAGACGUGUGUUUUUUUUUUUUUUUUGUCUUUGUACACGUGAUUGGCAGGUUUUAUUUCUGCAUAUGUGUGCGCACGUACAGUGAAGUGCCAACCAGUGUGUCAAGCACACCUCAAGAGUGUGAAUAUGAGUGUAUGGCGUCCCAUCAAAAGCUGCCAGAAAACACCUGCAAUAGACUUUUAAUUCAUUUUAUUUUGAAAUAGCUUUUAAGAGACAUUGAAAAGCCUCUUAUGUUUUAUUCAGAAUCCACCGCAAUCCAUCGCAUACAUUAGUCGCAUUUGUUUGUAUAUAAUAGCAAGGCGAACAAGUCAGCUCUUGGUAGCAUUUGAGUAGCUUUCAUAAUUGAUCAUGUUUAUGUAUGUCAUUGCUGUUUUUUUUUAUUCUGGGGCCUUUUAUUGUGCUGCAGACGCAAAAAUGACUGAUAAGACCACAAUGAGUGAUGGUGUGAAUGGAAAGCUCAGUGUCAUCAACAUGUGCAGUAAUUUAAAUUGUAAGUAUUGAACACAUUUGCAGAGUGAACAAUUAAUUAAAAUGUCACAUUAAUGUGCUACGUGUCCUAACUGUUUGAUCCAGAUUAGGAUCGUUUUUUUUUUUUUGUUGUUGUAAAUAAAAAGGAUGAACUUACCCAUGCUAGCUGUUUCAGAUCCGCUCCACUGUUGCGGAGUCUGACCAUAAAUGUUCCGACAUUGUCCUUUUCUUUUUACCUUACUGUUACAUUUUUACGUCGUGCGUUCCUUUUCGGUAUGCGUUCACUCUGUACAGAUAUAUUUUAACAUAUAAGAAGUAUUUUUUGUAAGGAUAUUUACUUGUUGGAAGUGUGUACUGUUGAACCAGUACAGUUAUUGAAGGAUGUGCGCUUGAAUGCAAAGUGUUGCUAAAGGAGGGCGUGAUAUGCUGAAUGAAGAUGAACAUUUUUUUUCUUUUCUCCGGCUCUUUAUUCAUUUUGAUUUGAAUAAGGAAAAUAUGACCAAAUUUUCAUGGACUUUUCUUGUUGCUUUUUUUAUUAUUAUUUUCUGUUUUAUUAAAAUGCCAGCUCUUAACAGUU